AUCCCUGACUUGGAGGAAACCGGAAGUCUCGUUGCUUCACUAUGAUCUCGGGCUGGCGGCGGGAUAGUUGUGUUGUUUAUUAGUGAGUUUUAAACAUAGACAGUAUAAGAACGGUUUUAAGAAGACAGAGCUCCAGGAGCCCUCAGCAGACGUCAAGCUGGCGACCGGAGCAGGAAAGAAGGGCAAGAAGGCCGAGGAGGAGGAGCAGCCUGCAGCACCUCCUGCAGCAGCAGUCACCGCCGCAGCAAUGGAGGAGGAAGAGGAGGAGUAUGUGGUGGAGAAGGUGUUGGACCGCAGAGUGGUGAAGGGAAGAGUAGAGUUUCUGCUGAAAUGGAAGGGGUUCUCAGAUGAGGAUAACACAUGGGAGCCUGAAGACAACCUGGAUUGCCCCGACCUUAUCACCGAGUACAUGCAGAAACACGAGGAGGAGGAGGAGGAGGAGGAGAAGAAGGAGGGCAAGAGGAAAGUUGUCAGUGAGGCCUCUGGAGACUCAGAGGAGCGACGGAGCAAGAGGAAGAAGGAGGAGAAACAGAGAGGAGGAGAGGGACCCAAACGUCACCACUGUCAACACUGUGACAAAUCCUUCACAACAUCUGGAUAUUUAAAGAUUCAUCAGAGAGUUCACACUGGAGAAAAGCCUUACAGCUGUGAUCAAUGUGUUAAAACCUUUUCUCAGAGUGGUCACCUUAAAUCUCACCAGCGUGUUCACACUAGAGAUAAACCGUACAGCUGUGAUCAAUGUGGUAAAACCUUUUCUAGGAGUGGUAGCCUAGAAAUCCACAGAAGUGUUCACACUGGAGAUAAACCAUACAGCUGUGUACAAUGCGGGGCAGCAUUCACACAUUUAAAUAAUUUACAAUCCCACCAACGUAUGCACACUGGAGAGAAGCCUUACAGCUGUGAUCUAUGUGGUAAAACCUUUUCUCAGAGUGGUAACCUUAAAAAACACCAGCGUGUUCACACUGGAGAGAAGCCGUACUGGUGUGAACAAUGUGGGGAAACUUUUGCUGAGAGUGGUCACCUUAAAAUACAUCAACGCAUUCACACUGGAGAGAAGCCGUACAGCUGUGAUCUAUGUGGUAAAACCUUUUCUCAGAGCAGUAGCCUUAAAUCUCACCAGCUUGUUCACACUGGAGAGAAGCCGUACUGGUGUGAUCAAUGUUGUAAAACCUUUUCUCAUAGUAGUGUCCUUAAAAAACACCAGCUCAUUCACACUGCCUCGUUGUGAACAUGUUUCAGAGCCAAGCUGUUUCUUCCUGCUAGGGCUGGGCGAUAUGGAGAAAAUCAAAUAUCACGAUAUCUUUGACCAAAUACCUCUAUUGAUACCG